UUCUGAAACCUCCCCAAUCGCCCUUCUCACCCUGACAGGCUGCAGGAUAACGCCCAGGUUUCACUCCAGAUCAAACCGUCCUCCAGGGAUUCGGGGACAGGAAAUGGCUGCAGAGCAGCCGGCUCAGGAUUUCCCACCACCAAGCCUGAUGUGAUCUCCUGGAUGGAGCAGAGGAAAAAGCUGUGGACCCCAGAUCUGCAGGAGUCUGAGGAACCGGAACUCCUAAGUGAUGUCUGCACAGCAGGUGAUGGUACGGGGAGUGAGAGUGAGGAGGAGACCCCUCAGCAGGAAGGUCCUGAGCCAGUGGAACCACAUGGCGUGGUAUCGGGAAGAGCCGAAGGGGAUGUUUCCCAGAGUCCUGAGCAGGGAAACCCUCGAGGGACAGGGAAGAGCAGAUCAUCCCACCCGGGCAGAGGUAUCAAUCAGCUCAAAGAUGUUGGGGAGCGGCCCUACUGGUGUGAGGACUGCGGGAAAAGCUUCAGCAGCAGCUCAGCCCUCAUCAUCCACCGGCGGAUUCACACUGGGGAGAGACCCUACAAGUGCCCCGAGUGUGGGAACAGCUUCAACCAGAACUCAGCGCUGAUCGCACACCGGCGCAUCCACACUGGCGAGAAGCCAUAUGAGUGCCCCGACUGCGGGAAGCGCUUCAGCCACGGCUCCACCCUCAUCAAGCAUCAACGCACCCACACGGGCGAGAAGCCCUACCGGUGCGAGGAGUGCGGGAAGUGCUUCAGCAUCCGUUCGACCCACGUGCGGCACCAGAAGACCCACACGGGCGAGCGGCCCUACGUCUGCGGGGAGUGCGGCAAGAGUUUCAGCGACAGCUCCUACUUCGUGCAGCACCAGCGGGUCCACAUGGGCGACAUGCCCUACGCCUGCCGGGACUGCGGGAAGAACUUCAUCUGGAGCUCAGCCCUGCUGCGGCACCGGCGCAUCCACACCGGCGAGAAGCCCUACAUCUGUGGCGACUGUGGGAAGAGCUUCAGCGAGAACUCCACCCUGCUGCGGCACCGGCGCAUCCACACCGGCGAGAAGCACUACAAGUGCACCCAGUGCGGGAAGAGCUUCAAUGACAGCUCCUCCCUCAUGCGGCACCAGCGUGUCCACACUGGGGAGCGCCCCUACCAGUGCCCCCAGUGUAGCAAGAGUUUCGUGGACAGCUCCACCCUCAUCUGCCACCAGCGCACUCACACCGGCGAGCGCCCCUACACCUGUCCUGACUGCGGCAAGAGCUUCACCGAGAGCUCCACCCUCAUCACCCACCACCGCGUGCACACGGGCGAGCGACCCUACACCUGUCCCGACUGUGGCAAGAGCUUCAGCCAGAGCUCCAACCUCGUCACCCACCAGCGCAUCCACACUGGCGAGCGCCCCUACGCCUGUGCCCAGUGCGGGAAGAGCUUCUACCGCAGCUCGGACCUCAUCCGACACCACAGGACCCAUACGGGGGAGAAGCGCUAUAAGUGCCGUGAGUGUGGGAAGAGCUUCCGUUGGAGAUCCGUUCUUAUUAUUCACCAGAAAAUCCACAUGGGAGAAAACCCCUAUAAGUGCCUGGACUGUGAGAAAAGCUUCAGCAAGAGCUCAGACCUCAAUCUUCACCAGAGAAUCCACUUGGGGCAGAAAUCCUACAUAUGCACUGACUGUGGGAAAAGUUUCCCUCAGUACCACCUCCUUACUUCCCAUCAGAGAACCCACACGGGAGAGAGACCCUACAAAUGCCCCGAGUGCGGGAAGAGCUUCAGUCAGAGCUCACACCUUGUCAUUCACCAGAGAACUCACACUGGGGAGAGACCCUACAAAUGCCUGACCUGCGAGAGAUGCUUCGGUGAUAGAUCGCAAUUUAAGACCCACCAGAGGAUCCACACGGGAGAGAAGCCCUACAAAUGCCCACAGUGCGAGAAAAGCUUCAGUCGGAACUCGUACCUAGUUAUACACCAGAGAACCCACACGGGAGAGCGACCCUACAAAUGCCCCGACUGCGGGAAAAGCUUCAGUGACAAGUCACAUUUUAAUACACACCAGCGAAUCCACACAGGAGAGAUGCCCUACAAAUGUCCCGAGUGUGGGAAAAGCUUCAGGAGGCGCUCGUACCUGGUUACCCACCACAGAACCCACACGGGGGAGAGACCUUACAUAUGCCUGACCUGUGCAAAAACCUUCAGUGAUCGAUCUCAUUUUAGAAAACACCAGAGAACCCACACGGGAGAAAGGCCCUACAAAUGCCCCGAGUGCGGGAAAGGCUUCUGUCUGCGUUCGGACCUUAUUAUACACCAGAGAACCCACACGGGAGAGCGGCCCUAUAAGUGCACCGAGUGUGGGAAAACCUUCACUCGGAGCACCUACCUUUUUUCACAUCAGAGAAUCCACACAGGGGAGAAACCACAGAAACCCAACACGUGCAGCAACUGUGGGAAAAAAUUCCUUUGGAGGUCAGCCCUUAUCAUUCAUGAGAGAAUCCACACAGGAGAAAAAACAUAUAAGUGUCCUGACUGCGAGAAAAGCUUCAGCCAGCGCUCAGACCUCACCAAACAUCAGAGAGUCCACACAGGAGGGAAGCCUUACAAAUGUCUUGAAUGCGGGAAAAGCUUCAGUUGUAGUUCAACCCUCACUGCACACCAGCUAAUCCACAUGGGAGAAAGACCUUAUAAAUGCCACGAAUGUGGAAAAAGCUUCAGUGAUAGAUCCACCUUCAGUACGCACCAGAGAAUCCAUACAGGAGAGAGACCCUAUAAAUGCCUGACCUGUGGGAAAAGUUUCAGGGAUCGGUCAACCUUUAAUAAACACCAGAGAAUCCACACGGGAGAGAAACCACAUAAAUGCCCCAAGUGCGGGAAAAGUUUCCGUCAGCUCGCACAACUCGUUAGACACAAGAGACUCGACACAGGAGAGAGACCCCAUAAAUGCCUGACCUGUGGGAAAAGCUUCCAGGAUAGAUCCACCUUUAAUGAACACCAGAGAAUCCACACGGGAGAAAAACCUUAUAAAUGCCCAGAGUGUGGGAAAAGCUUCAGGCACAGCUCAACCUUUAUUAGGCAAUCUGUUUACCAGAGAGUUCCCACAGAAGAGAGACCUCACAUGUGCGGCGACUGUGGGAAAAGUUUCCCUUGGAAAUCAUUCCUUAUUAUUCACCAGAGAAUCCACACAGGAGAAAAACCUUAUAAGUGUCCUGACUGCGAGAAAAGCUUCAGCCAGCGCUCAAACCUCACCAAACAUCAGAGAGUCCACACAGGAGGGAAGCCUUACAAAUGUCUCGAGUGCGGGAAAAGCUUCAGUUGUAGCUCAACCCUCACUGCACACCAGGUAAUCCACAUGGGAGAGAGACCUUAUAAAUGCCAUGAGUGUGGAAAAAGCUUCAGUGAUAGAUCCACCUUUAGUACGCACCAGAGAAUCCACACGGGAGAGAGACCCUAUAAAUGCCUGACCUGUGGGAAAAGUUUCAGGGAUCGGUCAACGUUUAAUAAACACCAAAGAAUCCACACGGGAGAGAAACCACAUAAAUGCCCCAAGUGCGGGAAAAGUUUCCGUCAGCUCACGCAACUCGUUAGGCACCAGAGACUCGACACAGGAGAAAAACCCUACAAAUGCCUGACGUGUGGGAAAAGCUUCCGGGAUAGAUCCACCUGUAAUGAACACCAGAGAAUCCACACGGGAGAAAAACCCUAUGAAUGCCCCGAGUGUGGGAAAAACUUCCGGUACAGCUCAGCCUUUAUUAGGCAUCAGAGAAUCCACAGAGGACGCAAACCCUAGGGAGGGGUGAAGUGAGUAACACCUUUGCUGAUUCCCAUGAACAUCAGCGUGUCAGGCCAGGCCGGAGGGGCCAUAUACUGGGGACAUGGAAUAGUUAUUAAAGCAAAGAAUGUAAUCACCUUUCUGGGACAGAGGCAUGCAGAGCAAAAGGCUGAGAUAAGAUUUCCACGUUGUGAUGGGAAUUUGAUUAUUACUUCCUGAGAAGCUCUGAACAUCCACUGAUCAGCUCCUACCCACAAUUGGGCAAUUCAUUUCACAGUCUAGGAGUGCUCUUGGAAAUCAUCACUGAUGCUGAGCUCUCAAGUAGCAACGUCCUUGAGUAAUGCUUUCUAUAGUUCCUGGUUGGCAAGCAGACUACAAAGACCCAGCCUCAGUUAUUUACACCUUUGUCACUUCUUGCGUGGAGUACUGCAAUGCUAUAGAACUGCAUGUAGGAAACUCCAACUAGUACAGAAGCACUGCAGUGCAUCUCCUCAGCUACACAAGCUAAAGCGAGCCCAUCACACCUGUCCUUGCUUUCGACAGUGACUUCGCAUAGAAUAGUGAAUCAAGUCCAAGGUCUUGGUCCUUAUCCAUGGUGCUCCUUGUAGUGAUCUAAAAGACUGCCUUAAGUUCCGGGAUCGAGAUUGGGGUUGAAAACGUCACCCCUCUGGCACAAUGGAACUCUCAACAAUAAGGGUAAAGCUCGGGUGUUCAUGACACGGUCUCUCUUGUUGGCUGGUCUGAGACUGUGGAAUGAACACUCCAAGCAGCUAAGGACCAUCUCAAACCUUACUGUCUUCCUUGCCAAAUGCCAGGCACAUUUCAUUGACCUGCAUUCUCUAACUGAAAUGCACAAUGCCAUGUAUAUAGACAAAAAAAAACCCAACCUCCACUGAGCACAUACCUCAUCCUGGAGAGAGGAUAAGAGAACCAACAGCACAUGAAAGAUGUUAAGUUAUGUGAUUAAUAUGCUACUGGAAGGUGCUCAGAUACUACAGUGAUUAAUGCAGUUUUAUAGCAGACCAGCAGGUCUGAGUUAUAAUUAAGGUUAAAGCAGCUUUCUGUGUAUAGUUUGACUCUUGUAAGUGCUCUAAAAUCUGCACAGUUACUUGGAUUGCCAUGAAAUGUGGUGUGCAUCCUCAGGACAUGGGGUGGGAUUACUGAUCCAAAUGUGGGGUCAUUGAAAAAUCGGUUCCUGAGAUACCACCCCCCAAAAGCAGUUUUUCUUAAGGUUCAUGGAUUCUGCCAAUUUUCUUUGCACAGAGCUAGAGAUGAAACCAAGGCACUGAUUCUGGCACAAGAGUGUCAGUCGCUCUAGGGCUACUCCCAGAGAAUGCAUGGACCGGACCAUCCCUCUGGGGGAAUAAAACUGAAAACAGUAUUAGUGAGAGUUUAGCUGUCAAGUUAGGUGUGUGCGUAGCAUUCCCACACCAAAUGGAUCGCGCUGUGCGUGUGCUGUCUGAGAGGCCAGGGGGGUUGGUAGCCAGCUGCAACUUCCAGCAGCUGUGUGGCUCAAGGCAAAAUGUUCUGGCAAUUGCUCCAGUGUAAAUUAAAACCCAGCUGUGGGUAGAAAUCUGUAGGGAAACAUCAGAGGCAUCUUGUGACAAUUUGCCUCUGUCAAAGAGGGUUUUUUAUUUUAUUUUGGGGAAUUGUAAUCUGAGUGCAGCAGGAGAUUCAGAAGGCGCUUGUGCUAUUUUUGAAAAGAAAAUAAAUUAUACGUGUCACUACUGUGCG